AUGGCUUUCAAUAGUCUAGACGAUGAAAAACCAAAUUUACGGCCAACUAAAUAUAAUAGUGCUAGAGGUAAAAGUCUUUAUUUACAUCAUAAUCCUAAUAAACCAUCGACAAAAUCAUAUAUUCAUGCAACGUGGAAAAAUAUCGAUAAAAAAUUAAAUGAAUUUUCUUUUGAUAAACAAGAUCUAUUUGGUAUUGAACAACCUCAUAUUGAAUACUCAUUAAAUAAACAACAACGAUGGGAUAUUUUAAAUGAUGUUCGUCAACAAAUUGCUAAUAAAUCAAAUUCAUCGUCAGAUAAUGAGCUUGAUAUCCAUUCUAAUUCGGAACAAAGACGAAAAAAGAAAAAAACUAGACGACAAUAUUUAAAUGCACAUGAAACAAAAUAUCGUUUAUAUGAAUUUCAUCAAAUUAAACACAAAACUAAUUGUAUAGGAAUAACUAGUAAUACAAAACAACGACAUAUACAAACACCUAGAAAAACUUAUAUGAAUAAAUCAAUAAAUAAUAUUAAAGCAGAAGAACAAAAUCAUCAGAAUAAUGAUAAUAAUACAACAAAAGAAGUUACUCUUAAUAUAACUUAUUUUGCUGUAGUUCCACCACCACGAGACAAACAAUUAGUGAAUAUUAAAAAUAACCAUAGUACAAAAAGAAAGAACCCAAGAUCAUGUACACAACGUGAUAAAUUUAUUGAAGUAAAAGAACGAUUCGAUAUUGAGGAACAAUUGAAGAAUGAAAAAGAAAAUUUAUCCACGGAUGACGAUGAAUCUAUAAUAUCAUACUAUACUUCCUUAAAACCUGAUGAUUUACAAUUAAAUGAUUUCAUUCCUAUCACAUCAAUCGAUGAUAAUAAUAAAACAUCUUUUGAAUCUGAAAACUCUGAUCAAAUCAAUAAAUGUCAUUCGAAUUCAUUACAUAUUGAUAGCGAUGAAAUCGAUUCGUUGAGACAAAAAAUUCGAUUGCAUCGACAAAUAAGUAACAAAAAAACACUUUAUUAUCAAGAGAUGACUACAUAUGGAGGAAUGCAACGAAAACCUGAUGAAACAAAUAAAUCAAGAACAAAAUCUUCUCAUGAUUUAAUGUCAUUAUCAUUUCGUACGAUUUUUUUACACCAAACAGAUUUAAAUAAUGAACAUCUAUCAAAAACUUAUGGAAAAAAUUUUCUUCAUGCUCAAUCUUAUCCAACAAGAUAUUUAAUUUGUCUUACAGAUCGUUUAAAAUCAUUUCAAUGGUCAAAUAAAUUUAAUUCUUCUUCAUUUUAUCCAACACUUAAUUGUUAUCUUAUUAUUGUAUUAAAUGAUAAUGAAUUAAAUAAUGAAAAUAAUAUUUGUCAAGGACAAGUUGCUGUUAAUAUGGAUUUAAAAACUGAGACAAUAGAUAUUGAAAAUUUAUCUCAAUCAAAAGACAUAAUUUAUAAUAUUGAUGAAUUAAUUAAUAAAACAAUUGAAUUUAUAACAAAUAUAUCAUUAGAUAAAUUCAAACAAAUUAAUUCAGAAAUCAAUCAAAGAAAAUUUUAUGGAAAUCAAACAGAUAAUCAAUUAAGUGAAAGUGAAUUUAUUAAUAAACAAAUUCAUCAAAUACAUUUAUUAGAUAAAAAUGAUUUACAAAAUAAAUUAAAUAUUGAAGUAUCAAAUAAUAAUAAUUUAAUUCAACCAGAAAUUUGUACAAAUUGUUGUUGUGAUAUGAAUGAAUUAACACCAAUGACAGCAUUAAAAUCUUGUUCACAUUGGUUAUGUAAUCAAUGUUGGAAACAAUAUCUUGAAAAUUCAACUAAAUCUACUCGACUUAUACGUUGUCCAGAAUGGAAUUGUUGUUCACUUGUUGAUAUUGGUACAAUUUUAUCUUUGGUUAAUGUUCGUUGUAUGAAUAUCUAUGAACGUAAUUUAGAAAAAUGUCUUGUAAAUUUAUCGCGAUCAUACAUUAGAUGCCCAUCAAAAUCAUGUUCGAUUAUUCUUCAUGUUAUUGAUUCCGGAAUGGGUUAUAUUCGAUGUCGUUGUGGUCAUCAAUUUUGUAUUGAUUGUAAACAAGAACCACAUUUUCCAGCAACAUGUAGUUCUUAUAAGGCAUAUUUAGAUGAACUAUAUCAAAAUGGUGAUUCAAUUUCUGAUUACAAUGCUAAAGUUAUAGUUAGAGGUCGACAUUGUGUAUCAUGUAAUAAUUUUAUUGAAAAAAAUGGUGGUUGUAAUCAUAUGACAUGUAGAUGUGGUGCUGAAUUUUGUUGGCUUUGUACUGCUUAUUGGAAAGAUCAUUUUUCAUCUAGUGGUGAAUUUAAAUGUCCAAAACAACAAAUAUCAAUUCAAAAGAAAACUUUAACUAAAGAACGUAAUCCAUCUCGAAGACUUUAUGAACAUGCACUUUAUCAUCGAAAUGAACGUGCUUAUCAAAAUCAAGCAAAACAAAAUAACAAUGUUAAGCGUCUUAUUGGUACAAUACCAUUAGAUAGAGGAACUUUUUUUGACACUACACUUAUUAAAUCACAAAUUGAUAAACGUGAAGCACUUUUACAACAUUCAUAUGAAAUGGUUAAAUAUGUCAGUAAUUUACAUCGUAUAUGUGAAUUUGUUGCUGUAGCUGCUGAUGGUUAUGCCGAUAAUCCAAUUGAGUUUAUUAAUAGUUUAUAUCCACUUGAAACUCUUAUUUUUAAUAUGAGUCAAAUAUUCGAAAGUGGACGUAGUUAUCAAGCUAUUGAACAAUUGAAUGAUUUACAUAAAAAAAGUGAAAAAUUAAUUGAACGUCUUUGUCAUGCUGUUAUGUUUCGUAAAAUAUAUGGAACCAAUAAAAUUGGAUAUGUAACUUCUUAA